UCUCGUGAAUUUUCAGGUGUUUGGUUUAUUAUGGAAAAAAUUGCUCCAAGUGAUAGGUGUUAAGAUUAUUCUGUGAAUUAAAAGUUUGAGACGCAUUAGUUGCUGAAAGUGGCUUUCUGCAAAGCAAAAAUUAUUAAAUAAUUAGAAUCAUUUGCUAUUGUAAAAGUGAGAAAAUAAAAUUGUGAUUGUAUCGGCUACAUUUAGUGUAGACAGAAACUAAACAAAGCAAAAUGCGUCUCGCCGUCGGUGCAACAAUCGUAAUUGUUGCGCUGUCACUUCUCUCGGUGCUUGUUACUGGACAGGAGGCCGGUGCUGCUGAUGAGGAACUACUACGUCGGCCUGCUGUCGUUGAGGAGCCAGUGAAGAGAGUGCACGUACUGAAUCCCGGCGAACGUGAGUACCUCUCACCGAAUCUGAUUGGUGUGCAGAAUAUCGCAAUGACUUUCCUGCCGCUUACUAUGAAUUUUGUCAAUAUUAUUGAUGCAUUUCGCGAAAUUGUCGACGGUGUGCGCUACGAAAUUGUGCUUAACGCCGUCGAUACGAAAGCAAAGGAUGCCGAUGUGGUGUGCCGACUGGUGAUAAUUGAAAAGCCCUGGUUGCGCACCGAAUGGGGUGACAAAGUGCGUGAAUUGCGCACCACCAACUGCACCAGCGAGGAGGACACACUCACUGAUCAGGCGGCGCGCAGCAAGGCGCUUAACGAUAAGUACACGAGGAAUGCGCUCUUCAAUGGCGGCACACGAAAUGAGCUGACCGACGAUGAAAUGUCCAAAUUGGAAUCACAAAUUCUACCGAUGCCAUUCGCCACGAAUGAUUUGAAGCGACGCGAUGCAACAACGACCACCACUACCACUUCCACAACAACAACAACACCAGCGCCAACCUCAAUCCCCACUACCGCCACAACGUCAGAACAAUUAAGCACUGAAGCGACAGCGCGCAAUGAGGAUACGACCGCAGCAGCCGAAGCGACAACUGCGUCAGCGGCGGCUGACGUGAAUGAUGAAGAUAACGCAGAGUCUACAUCGCCAUUACCAGUGCUCACACAAGACGAAAUGAAGUGGUUGGAUGACUUUCUAUCGGUGGGCGCACUUAGCUUUGAGCAAACGCAACGUGAAAGGCAGGAAGCCGAGCAGCAGUCAGCUGCUGGUGAUAGUAGUAAUGAUGCCGUUAGUGAGAAUACAGCGAGUAAUUAUGUGCAGCAGCAGCAGCAGCCUCAGCAGGAGCUGGUGGAGUCUGAAGGCGAGGUGGCAACAGAACAGGUGCAUGCUCGUGCCAAGCGUAGCUCUAAUCUAGUUGGUGGUGCUAAGACAUUGGACAAAAAGGAUGCCGAGCAACGUUUACAGGCGUCACUUGACAAACUUGCUGCCGGCGAUGGUCCCAAUUACAGGAUUUCAAAGGUCUAUUCGGCCACCACACAGGUGGUUUCGGGCACAUUGACGAAAAUCGAUGUAGAGCUCUUCAAUGAAAAUGAUGAGAAGGAACGCUGCACUGUCAAGAUUUGGGCACAACCAUGGUUGCCCAAUGGCUAUGAGGUGACCUUUGACUGCCCUAAUAAGGAAUUGGUGAAACGGCGCCACAGUCGCUCGGUAGAGCAGCUGGAAAAGAAGACACACAAGAAACGCAAUCACCACAGUUUAGACAAAACCGAGCAUUUAUUUAGCAAAUUCCAAAUUAAAUACAAUCGCCGCUAUCACACCGCAAUGGAGCAUCAAAUGCGUUUGCGUAUUUUCAAACAGAAUUUGGAAAUUAUCAAAGAAUUGAAUCGUAAUGAGAUGGGUAGCGCCAAGUAUGGCAUUACAGAAUUCGCUGACUUAACUAGCACGGAAUACAAACAACGUACUGGCCUGUGGCAACGCUCCGAGGAUAAGCCAAGCAAGAAUGCGCCAGCUGUGAUUCCCAAUAUUGAGUUACCAAAGGAAUUUGAUUGGCGAGAGAAGGGUGUCAUUUCGAAGGUGAAGAAUCAGGGCAUGUGCGGUUCGUGUUGGGCCUUCAGUGUGACGGGCAAUGUCGAGGGCUUGCAUGCAGUGAAGACGGGCAAGCUGGAGGAAUACUCUGAGCAGGAGUUGCUUGAUUGCGACACAAGUGAUUCGGCCUGCAAUGGCGGUUUGAUGGACAAUGCCUACGAAGCAAUAGAGCAUAUUGGUGGUUUGGAAUUGGAAUCCGAUUACCCAUAUGAGGGACGCAAAGACCAAUGCAAAUUCAGCAAGUCGAAGGUACAUGUCAAGGUCAAGGGUGGUGUUGAUUUGCCAAAGAAUGAGACCGCCAUCGCACAAUGGCUAAUUGCCAAUGGACCCAUUUCAAUUGGUAUUAACGCCAAUGCUAUGCAGUUCUAUCGCGGUGGUGUCUCCCACCCCUGGAAGGCAUUGUGUUCUAAAAAGAAUCUCGACCAUGGCGUACUUAUUGUCGGCUAUGGUGUCUCCGACUAUCCCAUGUUCAAGAAGACAUUGCCCUACUGGAUUGUGAAGAAUUCAUGGGGACCCAAAUGGGGCGAACAAGGCUACUAUCGCGUCUACCGCGGCGAUAAUACCUGUGGUGUCAGCGAAAUGGCCUCAUCGGCAGUACUGGAGUAAAACGAUUUAAACACGAGCAAGCAGUUCAUAUAAGAUUAUUCACAAAUAAGUGAAUAAGUUAAAAAAUGCAAUAAUUAGUUUUUUUUAGUAAAUGCUCACACAUUAAUCAUAACAUCAAUACGAACAAAAUAACACUAAAUUAAAUAUAUUGGCAAAAGUCAUACCUAAAAUAAAAUAAAUAUUAAAAUGUUUUGCGACGUAAAUUUUCAUGGCCAACAAAUGGAAAAAAUCAUAAAUAAAAUAUUUUAUAACACGAAAAGAAAAAAAAAACAUUUUAUAAUUAUACUCAUCACGACUAAUAUUUAAAUACAAUAUUUUUACCGAUCUUUUAAGUUGAUAUAUUUUGUAAUGUAAUCGUUUAAUUAUACAUAUACAUAUAUAUUAUAUGAGAACAUACAUAUAUACAAAUAAAUAAACGUUCUUGUAGAAGUAAAUACAUACGAAACAACUUUAUA